CGGGUCUCUGCCGUGAAUGAAGAGAAUGGUCUGAGCAAUGUUUUACAAUCAUCAGUCAAUAAUAAUACUACAAACAAUAAUACUAAUGUACAAUCUCAAGUAGUAGUUGGAUCAGGAAGUGGGACAAUGCCUGUAACCACUACAUCAUCACCAUCAAAUAAUAUACCAGCCGAUCCACAAGAAAUUAAAAAGAAUAAUCGAUUGACAGUGAUACAAAGUAAUAAUCAGAGUUUCUAUAGCAAUAUGAGUAGUGCAACAACAACAGAAAUUAAUUCGGAUAGCAAGUUGAAUCAAUUGUCGACUUUGUCAACAGAGGAAGGAAGUAGUGGAAUUUCAAGGAGAACAACACCAUCAUCACAAACUUUUGGAGAGGGAGGAAUUGAAGGAUUGUCAAAUUUAGGGAGAAGAGGAAGAAGAGGAUCUUUAGAACAUGAAGUUAAACAUCCAGUGGCUCUUUCUAAAACUCUAGAUCAAAAAGUACCACUGAUGGAAUUUAUCGUUCAAAAGAGAGUUGAAAAUUUGGAAUAUAUCAGGAAAUUCCAUGAAGGCCAAGUGUUUUGGAUGAAUACUGUCAAGGUCUCUCCUUCAGAAAUUGAAAAGGCCUAUCAAUCACAAACAUUACAAAAGAGAUUGGAACAAUGGUUUACUUUAGGCAUGUCAAUGGCUCCACUUAUACAAAUUGAUAAUGGAUAUGAAUUUGUUAGAGCAUGUUCACAAUUAUUAGAAGAGUUUGAAUACCACUUUUCUAAUAUGGCUGUUCAAGGAAUGAAAAUUCUCAAAGCAUUUACCAAUAAUUUUGUCGAUGAUGACACUCCACCUGUAAUUACCUCCCAAAAGACAAUCAAACCGUCCAUUCACAAAUCUAAUGGUUCAGUUGUUUACGAAUUUUUGCAAACACCAAAUAUUCCCUGUACACUUGAUUAUUGUCAAAUAAUUUUCUCUCUUUGUGACCUUCUGAUAUUUGUAUAUAGAAAGUUUCUCGAUGAAGCUAAUAUUGGGUCAUCUCUACAUGAAUACAUUGUGAAAUUAGAUGGAAAAAUUAAGAAUAAUUUUAUUGGAUUGAUUUCAAGAGAUAUUAGUGCUCUAGCUAUACAGAUUGUAAAAACCAAGUUAUCAAAUGUACAAAAUAUGUUUUCAUUGACACCUCAAGUAAACAAUCAACCUAUUACUAAACGUAAAGGUGAUGCUGAUGAUUCCCAAAAACAGAAGGAUGUCGAUGAAUGGUUUGUAAUAUAAUUGUGGCCACUCGUUAGUAAAAUUAAUGUUGUUUC